AUGGAAAGCCCAGCGGUGGCUUUGUCUUUCGCCAACAACUUUUGGGGUAAGGAAGAUGCUGGCGUUGGACCCCUUCUCGAUCGGAUGGCUGCAGCCAAGCAAACAUGCGAUGAAUUGAAAGCAUUUUAUAGUGCUCGCGCCUCUAUCGAAGACGAAUACGCUCGGAAGCUACUGUCUCUAUGUCGCAAAUCACUAGGCUCCCAGGAGAUGGGAAGCCUCAAGAACUCCCUGGAUACUGUCAGGGGAGAAGUAGAGUCAAUGGGGAAGCAGCACCAAAAUAUCGCUGCUCAGAUGAAGACCGAGCUGGAGGAACCGCUGGCCGCCUUUGCUGGCGCAAUGAAGGAAAGGCGCAAGAUUGUCCAGAAUGGUAUCGAAAAGAUUCUCAAGACCAAGAUACAGCAGACGCAGCAUGUCAACAAGACUCGAGAUCGCUUUGAGCAAGAAUGCCUCAAAAUCAAAGGUUACCUGGCCCAAGGCCACAUGGUCAUGGGCCAGGAAGAGCGAAAAAAUAAGGCAAAGCUGGAAAAGACGCAGAUUAGCGUUGCGACAUCCAACACAGAGUAUGAGAACGCAGUGAAGGCCCUCGAGGAUACCACGGCGCGCUGGAACCGCGAGUGGAAGGCAGCCGCAGACAAGUUCCAGGAUCUGGAAGAAGAACGGCUGGAUUUUACCAAGAGCAGUCUAUGGACUUUUGCCAACGUCUCUUCUACGGUCUGUGUCAGCGAUGAUGCGUCGUGCGAAAAGAUUCGUCUUUCUUUGGAAAAGAUGGAUGUUGAGACUGACAUCGUCGGCUUCAUCAAGGAACGGGGAACAGGGCAAGAGAUUCCAGAUCCGCCAAAGUAUAUCAAUUUCUGCCGGGGGGAUGUCAACGAUACUCAGUCGGAAACAUCUGACGACGACAACUACUCUGUCGCGCAAUUUCCGAGGAGCAUCAACCCAGCCUUUCGCACGUCGUCGCCGCAGCCGUCAACCUACGAAUCGCACCACGAUCCAAACUCCAGUCUUGCUCAGGAUCUGGGCCACAAAGAGCCUGCAGCUGCAGCAACUAGAACGAUCGCUACGGACGCUGGACGAAAGGAAGGGAACUCAUCUUCGUCGAGGCACAUGGCACAGGACGUGUUGCGAAAAACAAGUCCCCCUUCUAGGAGCUUUGCGUCGGAUCUGGACCAUCAGGAUGUAAAUCCUACCCCGAGGACCUUUUUGUCAGACCUUGGGCAUAAAGAAGUCGGCUCUUCAUCUCGGGGCUUCCUAACAGACAUGAGCCACAGGGAAGCAACGAGCUCUUCAUCAAGAGGCUUUCCGUCAGAUAUUGGACCCAAGGACCCUAUUCUUGCUCCCCGGAGUCUGGGGCCAGACUACGGGCUCAAAGAUGCCGGCGCCUCCGAGAGGACCCAUAGUCAGGAAAUCUCUCUAGCUAGGGAGAUCAUGCCUCCCGUUGCCCGGGAAGCCCCAAGCCUCUCCCAGAGAAUGCCACCACAGCUUGAGAAACAACGACAAGUGGCGCCAGCCCCGCCAGCAUCUCAGCAGCAGAGCCGUCUUCCUCUCGAUAUCAAUCAGCACGGUACUUUUGCUUCCGUCCCUCACGACCCAUACCCUCUCGAUGGAAUGACAAUGCUAUGUCGAAAAGGACCUCCAUCGGAACGCAGUUCGCAUCCUGCGUCGGCAAGACCGUCCAGCCGCGAUUCUCAAAGUGACUACUCCAACCCAACCUCGCUCUCUAGUCAGGAGCCCCCGAGCGGUAAGGUCUCGCCGAUCAAGCAUGAACAGGUUAGCGUACCCGCAUCAGUACCGGCUCAAGCACAAGCACCGUCAACGGCCUCGGCAACGGCGGAAAAGCAGGUGCUCAAGAAGAAGAGUGGUUUCUUUCAGAACCACAGCCCGUUCCGUCGCAAAAGCACCAAAGAAGUUCAGGGCACUACCACAAACAGAAACACUUGGCAUCCUGUAUCUACGCAAGGAAGCCCCUCACGUCGACCGCAGGUAUACACGCAAGACGCCCCAAAUCUGUUGGCGGGCAGAUCAACCAUAAGUCCCGAGCCGAUCGACGCCAAUGCCAGUCUAGCGUUGAACGUCGGCCAGAAUGUAUUCUCCGUCACGACGCCGGAUCUCGAGAAAAGAAAAGGGUCAAAUACACCGAGCGCACAGCCUGAAACGGAUCCUAUUGCGCUGGCCCUCGCCGAACUCAAGGGUGUUGGUGUAGGCAAGCAGUCUAGCAUCCGUGUCUCGGCUGACCGCUACCACGGCAUUGCAACGCCCACUCCUGGCUCGCAGCCGUUUUCUCGAUCGAUGCCGCCAGCUGCAACCAAUGCCGCUGUCACAGCAGGGCUUCGAGGAACGCCCCCUCCUUCUUACGACCAACAAGUGGUACAAAGACUUGGGGUUCCGCCACAGGCUGUGACGGCGAAGGCAAUGAAGGAAACGUCUCAGAAAUUCGCCGACCAGACUCGCAGCAUGUUCAACCCGGCGAACCGGCCUGGAUCGGGAGGAUAUGCGGGCUCAUCUAGUCCUCGGCCCAUGACCAGGGGCAGUGACGUUCCACGAGCAGCAUCUCCAGCGCCACUUCGCAGUGCUUCCCCUAGGGCGCCGGCGACAGAUGACUCGCGAACCAUGUCAGCAACGAUAUGGCAGUUCAGCUUGCUCCCGUGGGUGAUGAUAGCUAUGGCUCGGUUCGUGGCCGAGGCGGAGUACGACCAGGAACGAGCUCAAGCAACCGGGCCAUGGGCUUAUAUGAUGGUGGUGGGCCACCAGGACAAGGCGAGUCGAGACAACGGAGUAAGAGUGUUGCAGAUCCAUCUCGACAGUACACACACGACGGCCGACCAAUCUUGCACUUUGGUAACCAAAGCACUGUACAUGUACCAAGCAGCGAUCCCAGAGGAGCUAGGCUUCUCCAAGGGAGACUUCCUUGCAGUGCUGCGGCAUCAAGACGACGGUUGGUGGGAAGCGGAGGAGGCUCUUAGCAAGGCAUCCCGAGCAGCUACCUCCAAGACGGCACAGCGAGCUUUGGUGAACGUGACCCUCCUGGUAGGAACAUCACUAUUGCUUCUGCCCCUUGCUGCCACCGCCUCUCUCCUCUUCUUCCGGAAUUAUCUGCCUGACCAGGUCGUGAGCGCACCGGUUCAUCUUCAGUAUGGCUCGGGGAUCAAUCCGUUUGGGAUAGCCACCAUACCAAGCUCCAGUCUGAGGACACAGCAGGAGUACGAUGUGUCUGUCACUCUAUCUCUGCCUCGCUCGCCAGCCAACACUCAUCGGGGCAACUUCAUGGUAGCUCUGUACCUGCUUGAUGCUGGUGCUUUGUCAACCGGCAACAGCCAAGUCCAGCCUCAGACCCCCCCAGAGCCUUACGGCCACUUUGACGGCAAAUCCAUUUUGUUUUCUUCACGACGGCCCACGCUCGUCCCGUACCAGGACCCAUUGGUCUCACUGGCCUCUCGUGUAUUGUUCAUGGUUUACCAUAUUCUCUUCUCGAACUCCCAGACAUGCGUGUUAACGGUGCCGAUGGCCGAACGCGUCCAGCUGGGCAAGGGCUCAUCCCUGCCAUCGUCGGCAUAUCUGGAGAUCCAGGGCGGCCAGAGCAUUGAAACGUACGACGCGUCAAUAACGCUCACAGCACAACUGCGCGGACUGCGCUGGCUGAUGUAUCAUUACCGAUUAUCGACAUUGACCGCGGCGAUAAUUCUUUUUUGGUCAUCCGAAAUCUUGUUCAUGGCAGGGGCCUGGUUGGUCUGGUCUGGACUAUCGGGCUCAAGUUCAAGGUUGGCCUCUGGACGUGGGGAAGACAACCCGAAACUUGGAAUGCGGCUCAAGAGAGAAGAGGGGAGCGGGGUGGAUGAGCUGUCAGAUGCGCCCCGGACAUUUCCUACCUAUGGAAACCAGGCACCGCUCAGAUACGAGCCCGAGGUCAAGGAAGAGCCACAGCCAGGCCUUCGGAUGGAGGACCUCGUCCCACUCGGAGGUGAAGCUGACGAUGAAGAAGAAGACGACGGACGGGCAAGUUUCAAGGGUGAUUCGGGCAUAGGGACGAGUUAUAGCGAGGGAGGAUCGGGUAGUGUUCGACGUAGGUCGUCACACAACCGCUAG